AGCCCCAUCAACCCUUGGCUCAAGGACACUCCCACCCGCAGACCACCCUACUCUUGCCCAGAUUGUGGCUGCAACUUCAGCUAUCCCUCCUUGUUGGCGAGACAUAAGCGGGUCCACUCUGGGCAGCGGCCCCUUCCCUGCAACCACUGUCAGGCCCAUUUCUCCCAGCGCAAGUACCUGCUCCAGCAUCAGUUCAUCCACACAGGUGAAAAGCCCUACCCCUGCCCUGAUUGUGGGCGACGCUUCUGCCAGAGGGCUUCCCUGGCCAUCCAGAGGCGGGCUCAUGCCGGGGAGAAGCCCUACCCACGCCCAGACUGCAAGAGUGGCUUCACUUACCCCUACUUGCUGGCAGUCUGCCAGCGCAAGCACACAGGCAAGAAGCCCUACAGCUCUCCCACCUGCAGCCUCCGUUUUGCCUGCACCUCUCUGCUGGCUAUCCACAGCACAGGCGAGAAGCUCUAUCCCUGCCCUGACUGUGGCCUUCACUUUACCUACUCUUCUCUCCUCCUCGGUCACCAGCACAUCCAUUCUGACAGCUGGCCCCACCCCUGCCCCAAGUAUGGGAAAUGCGUCAAGUGCAAGUAUGCCUUGGAAGCCCAUCAGUGGAUCCAUCGCUCUGGCGAGAGGCUGAGGUGGCAGCAGCCUACAGUAGGGCUUUCAGAGCCAAUUCCUGUUUUGGGAGGCCAGGAUCCUCCAGUUCAUUUCUGGUACUUUCCAGAUAUAUUCCAAGAGUGUAGGUGAUAGAGCUCACAUGAGAUGAUUAGAAUUUUCUCUGGAAAAGAAGAGGCAAAGUUUAUGCAUUUUAUCAGGAUAAGGAAAGGAAGUGGGCAUUUAAGGAAAAACAAAGCUCUGUGUUAGGAAAUAAGCAGAGGUGACAGAGCACAGAGAAGGUACAUUGGAAGAAGGAGGCAGGAAUCUGAAAGGUCACCUGAGGGCUGAACCCAUUUUCUCAGGCUCCACUUCCAAGUCUCACUUGGGGUUACUUUACUGCAAACCAUUCACCCAACUGGCAUUUCUUUCUGGAUUGUUCCCUCCCUUAAAGCAAUCUGCUUUCUGGUCUCUAUCUCUCCUAUACAAGGGUACAGGGGUUUCCUAGACACAAGAGCCUAUUAAAGGAGCCCAUACCUACUCUGGGGAUCCUGGAAAAGAGGGCACACCUUGGGCCUCUCCCCACUGGGGGAAGCUCAUCCAAGGAUUCUGUCUUUUAGCCAGGGCAAGUGAAACAUCUGGCAAAGAGACACGUGCGGUGUCAAGCCAUUGUUGGCACUGUUUGGUCUUGAAGACCUAGAGGUGGCCAUAGAGAAGACAGUGACUUCAGGUGGGGAACUGUCCUGCCCUACAGUCACUCUGCGUGUACUGCACAAAAGUAUCACACUUAAUGAGCUUAAAGGUUUUUUUUCAAACUUUUAUGAAUUAGUGAUUGCAAUGUUUUUUCUUCAGUUAUUUGCAUGUUCCCUGGAUUUUACAUCUUUUGAAUGAAGAUAUAUUCUUGGGCCACAGCAGCUGGAAGUACAAUUCUGGGAACUUUUUUUAAAAGAGAGAGUAAAUUACUGUGAUUAGAGUUGAAAUCAAGGCAUAGUAUCCCCAGUCUAAUUUUUACUCUAAUGCUUGUAUGUUGUCAAUAGUUAAGAAAGAUCUUUCUGACCCAUUUGGAUCUGCUAGCCCUACUUUUGAACAGGAAACCGUUGAAGGAAUAAGCAAGGAAUUGGGUGGGACUAAGAAGGUCUGCGUGCCAGGAAUGGUGCUGGUAAGUCAAAUAUCUCUCUGGACAAAGGACUGCUUCUCCAGAGCCCUGGGUUCCAAAGAUGAUUAAUAAUGGGAACUGGGUGUUAUCAUUACUUUACCACAUAGCCUCUCCUAAAUUGGUAGACCUAGAUUCCAGGUUCAGCUCAGUCCCCACCAGCUGUGUGGCCUUAAGUCUAUUAGUUAGCAUUUCUGAGCCUUAGUUGUCUAACUUAUAAAAAAAACAUGAAGGCACUCAGCAUGUCUUUAUAGUUUAAAGAACAAAUAGCAGAGCUUCCCUCCAACAUAUUAUUAUAAAAUUUUUCAGUCAUUCAAGAGUUGAAAGAAUUUUAUGGUAAACACUCAUAAGCCUAUCACUUAGACUCUACAAUUAACCUAGAUUCUGCAGUUUUGCUAUAUUUGCUAUAUCACACAUCAAUCCAUCUAUCCAUCCCUCCAGCCAUCAUUUAUCCACCUUAUUUUCUUUAACCUAUUUCAUAGUAAGUUGCAGACAUCGCUACAUUUCACUCCUAGACACUUCAACAUAGGGCUGAGCUUUAUGCAAGAAACUUUAGCUCUCCUUAAAGUUCAGAUGCUCUCCCUUAAACUUUAUCUCUCCCUUAAAGACCCUGUUGUUGACAGGUAAAAUUUAUGAACCAUAAUUAUCUCCUGUAUGUUUUAUAACUUCUCAUAAUUAUCUAGAUUCUUGAACAAACAUAUACAAUUUGGUGGGCAUUAAAAAAAUUUGAGGGGCCGGCCCAGUGGCGCAGCGGUUAAGUGCGCACGUUCCG